UUGCUGAUAAUGUGGGGGCUUUAAACUGCGUUUUCCGUAACCUGGGAAAGAAUGAAGUCCUACGUGUGUGUCCUUCGUUCCCCUUUCAUCUUUAUUUUUCUUUCUGCCGUUUGUGCAUGUGACACAAUGUUGUCUUUGUGGUAGGUGUUCAUAAUAGUUGACCUACAAGCCUGACCUGCUAGUGUCAGGCCUGUCUCUGUUAGGUUCGGAUCACUCGGCCUGUCACUUCUGCAGUGCUCACCUCACCUUAUCUCUGAGUGCUCUCGGGUGACUUCAGAUGAGUGAGUUCCUCAGCACAUAACCUGCAGAGGCCUUCCAUGACAUCAUGUGCCCCUAGAAACCUUUGCUGUAACACUGUAGCUCUUGAGGCAGUCAUGUCUUUGUCCUUAAAGGUUUUAAAGAAAAGUUUUGUUUCAAAUGUUUGUAUGUUCAGCUAGACCAAUUUUCAAAAUGUAGGUGUUAUGAAAGAAUAUGUUCGAGUCAUAUCAAUGAGCUAAAGGCUUUCUUGUUUUUAGAUUAGAAGAAAUGGAAGAAAAAUAUCUAAUGAGAGAAUCAAAACCAGAAGAUAUACAGAUGAUUGCAGAACUAAAAGCCUUGCUUACAGAAAGAGACCAGAUCAUAAAGAAACUAAUUGAGGAUAAUAAAUUUUAUCAGCUGGAAUUGGUCAAUCGUGAAACUAACUUCAACAAAGUAUUUAACUCAAGUCCUACUGUUGGUGUUAUUAAUCCGUUGACUAAGCAAAAGAAGAAGAAUAAUAAGUCACCAACAAACAGGUUUGUGAGUGUUCCCAACCUGAGUGCGCUGGAAUCUGGUGGAGUGGGCAAUGGACAUCCCAGCCGCCUGGAACCCAUCCCUAACUCUCCCGUCCACGACAUUGAGUUCAGCAGCAGCAAACCACUUCCACAGCCAGUGCCACCCAAAGAGUCCAAGACAUUUUUGAGGUGAGCCCCGUCUCACCGGUGGUUUUUCUCUCUUCUUUCUUAACUUGAGAAAGGUACCUUCUUACAUUGCAGAGAUCCACCACUUUAAGAACAGCCUAAGGAAGGAAAACUUAUUGUCCAAUAUUUUCAAAGUAUCGCCUCUCUAGAAAACUCCCUUUUGACUCUGCUAAAAAGAUGUUUCCGACUUCUUGUUGCCAGUCCAUUUUGUAAUGCUUGAAGAGAGGAGUAGCUGUAAUUCAUACGCUUAGAAUUUUUGUAUUUAUGAACGAUUGCUUUAUUGUUAGUAUUAUCACCAUUUUUUAAUUAAUCAUCCAUCCUUGUAGAAUUUCAAAUUUUUAAAUUGUUUUUUGUUUCUUACAUAUGUUUUUUU